UAACAAGCAGAAGUUGUAGAGAAAGAUCAAGAGAAGAGCUUGGAUACAGAGUAACAUCAUUCAUUCAAAAAGAUCAUCUGGAAAAACAUAGGCGCUAAUUCCACAGACGAGAGAACUGGCCAUGAUUAACAACAGAAAUAAGAGAUAAACCCUUCACAAGAGCAGAAAUCAAAGAGGAUUGAGGAGGGAGGAGUCAGCACUUACUCCCAAACAGUGGAAACAAGAAAUCUGGGGAAGGACAAAGUUGCUUCCUUCCAUUUACGAAAAAGCAUUUCUUUAAAACCAAUCAAGCUUGUAACCUCAGUGGCUCCUGCUGAUGUCAUUAACAGACUCUCUGCACUAGGUGCAAGUGUGUGGCUGUCAGAUGUCUGGGUCUCUGCCUUUCCCCUCACCCUCUCCCUUCCCCUCAUGUGACUACACUGAAUGGUCUCCAACAUGGGUGCUGAUCCCGAGCGUGUACCUGCUGGUGUUUGUCGUGGGCUCUCUGGGUAACGGUUUGGUGUUGUGGGUCUACCUGGACCGCCAAGGGAGAGGGCGAGGGAGGAUAGGAAGUGGCUCCAAAUCUUCCCAGACUCUCGAUUCUCCUCCUUGUCCCUCUCCGACAUCUUCUCGAACAGUAACCGAGUCUUUAAUAAUCAGUCUAGCACUGGCUGACCUGGCCUUCGUCAUGACUCUGCCGUUAUGGGCUGCCUACACAGCACUGGGCUACCACUGGCCCUUUGGCCAAGCUCUGUGUCAGACGAGCAGUUACAUAGUGGCACUGAACAUGUAUGCAAGUGUGUUUUCUCUGACUGGGCUCAGCGUGGAGCGCUACUGCGUCAUCACACGACAGCGUGGCAACGGUUCAAAGCAGAGGACGUCAAGCGCCCGUGCCAGGUGGAUUGUGGGUAUUGUGUGGCUGGCAGCAGGAGUUCUAGCACUCCCUGCUUUACUUUUGCGGACAGUUAGAGAGCCAGAUCUGGAAUCAGGAGAUGAUGGUGACUGGCAGGCUGGACAAUCGUCCUCCUGCUUGUGUGAUAUGGACUAUUCUAGUUUAAUCUCGAGUGAUCUGGACCCAGCAGCGGCAGAGCAAGCAGAGCUUAUGUGGUCAGCAGCUUUGGGGUUAAAAUCAACCUUGCUUGGCUUCCUCUUACCCCUUGUAGUGCUCCUAGUAUGCUACGGCUGGCUGGGACGGCUUCUUUCCAAACACUUCAGCCUAGGCCUGCGCCCUGAUCAGAAACGCCAGCGCAGGCUCCUCCGCAUCAUCAUCACCCUUGUGCUGGCCUUCUUCCUCUGCUGGCUGCCCUUCCAUACUAACAAGACACUCUCCGCAAUGGUGGAGCUGGGUAUUCUCCCCUUCUCCUGCCGUUUCGACCAGUGGUUGGUGGCGGCGCAUCCGUACUCCAUCUGUUUGGGUUAUGUAAACAGCUGUUUGAACCCUCUGCUGUACGCAUGCUGUGACCCAGCGUUUCGGAAGCGCUGCAGUGGCCUGCUUUUGUGCCUAUGGGUCAAAUGUAAAGGUCAGAGGGCAGAAGAGGAGAAACAACAACAUCAAAGUUCGGCAAUACCAUCUGGGACACAUGAAGUGACAGUCAGUAAAGACGAGCAGUGAAGAGAGGUUCAUCUGGCACACUCAAUGGACCUUGCUGAGCUGGGACUGUUUGUGUGGAAAAUCCUUAAAGACGACUUAUUAAAUUCUGAUGACUUUUUCCAUUCAUCUGUGAGAUUUAGCAUGAACUUCACCCCCCUCAAGAAAACAAGAUGCCAGCAUUGUGUGGGAACUGAUAAACAGACCGGAUUCACAGAAAGUUUUCCCAUGACAUUAUGCCUGAAGAAUGAAGAGGAGCUGACAUGUUGUAGAAAAAAAAUGCUGGCUCACCGAUCUCAGUAUAAUGAUGCAAUUCAAACUGCAUAGCAUGGGCAUAUUGCUGAAUAACAACAAACAGAUACUGUUCUUUUUUUAC